AAAUUAUACUAAUAAACCGUAGAAUCUGUCAAUAUGCUAGCGCCUAGCAGCGACCUUCAUAAUAUAUAGUGAAGAUUUAGUUUGCAACUCCUUUAUCAGUUCAAUUUCAUCUUGACAUAUUUACACAGCUUGGUUACUGAUCAUGGCUUCAGGUGGCGUAAAAGUUUUGGGCACACCUUAUAGCCCAUACGUUAACCGGGUUCAAAUCGCUCUCAAUUUGAAAUCCGUUGAUUUUGAGUUCAUUGAGGAGAAUCUGAGUUCCAAAAGUGAUCUUCUCCUAAAAUGUAACCCUGUUAACAGGAAAGUGCCUGUUUUAAUCCACGAUGAGAACUGCAUAUGUGAAUCACUUACCAUCAUUCAAUACAUUGACGAAACCUGGACUACUAAUGGCUACUCCAUUCUCCCUUCUGAUCCUUAUGAUCGUGCUGUUGCCCGAUUUUGGUCUGCAUAUUUUGAUGACAAGUUGGUUCCAUUGAUGAGGGAGCUAAAAUCAGUUCAAAAGGAGGAAAAGGUUGCAGCGAUAGAGCGAAUAAAGGAAGCAAUGGUACUUCUGGAGGAGGCUUAUGAAAAAUGCAGCAAAGGGAAAAGCUACUUUGGAGCAGACAAUAUUGGAUACAUUGAUAUUGUUCUUGGAAGCUACAUGGGAUGGAUAAAGGCUAUGGAGAUCGUCGGUGGCAUGAAGGUGAUGGAGGAAGCCAAAACACCAGGGCUGCUUGGAUGGAUUCACAAGUUUAUGUCCAAUAAUGCAGUUAAGAGUGUUAUACCAGAGACUGAGAUAUUCGUAAAACUUCUGCGAGCCAGGGCCAUUGCUCCUCCAAAAUAUAGUUAGCCAGCCUUUAGUCGCGUUUAUAUGCUUAUCAUUUCUGUUUCUGAAUUCCCUGUCUGAACAAAUUUGUGAUUUCAAAUUCAUAAAAAAUGCCUUAAAUGAAACAAUUAUGCACAGCCAUUUCUUAGGCUUGAAUCAUAA